AUGUCUCAUUUCCUAGACGACCACAUCUCACUCAUGGCAUCAUCCUCUCUUUCGUCUACAAGAAGCUCCUCAUGGACGCCUAAACAAAACAAGCAAUUCGAGGAGGCUUUAGCACGGUAUGACAAGGACACACCCGACCGCUGGCACAAUAUAGCACGAGCAGUAGGUGAGAAAUCAACUGAUGAAGUAAGGAGGCAGUAUGAGGCACUAGAGAAGGACAUCAUGAAGAUAGAAACUGACCAAGUACCAAUACCUAAUUAUAGGUCUAUUCCAAACAAUGGCAGAGGAUCUGCUACGCAGCCCAUCGGCCAUCGCCCACUUACCAGACCAGCAACUCCAGAAGAAGCCCCUGUCGCAGUCGCAGACGGCAGACCCAGUCCCAGACUACCACUUCACUACCAACAGGAAGCAGUCAACCGUCCUUGA